UGGAGAAGGGGAUCAUCUGUGAAGCUGCUUGUCUUAGUUUGAUAUAUUGUUUGCAUAUAAGAUUGUGAAUCGGGGAGAAAAGUUUUAGCUUCUUUUCAGCAGUAGUGCGAUUGGAAACAUGAGUUAUGCUUGUGAUUUCUGCGGAGAUCAAAGGCCAGUAGUAUAUUGCCGGUCUGAUGCUGCCUGCUUAUGUUUGUCCUGUGAUAGAAAUGUCCAUUCUGCUAAUGCACUGUCCAAACGCCAUUCUAGAAUAUUGUUAUGUGAAAGAUGCAAUUCGCAACCUGCUUUUGUUAGAUGCGCAGAGGAAAUGGUUUCACUCUGUCAGAACUGCGAUUGGAUGGGACACGGCACCUUUACCUUGAACUCAACACAUGAGAGACAAGCGAUUAAUUGUUACUCUGGUUGCCCAUCAUCCGCUGAACUUUCUUCCAUUUGGCCAUUUUUUCAGCAAUCUCCUUCAGCAGGUCAAUCUACCUGUGGACAAGAAUUAGGUCUAAUGAGCAUCGAUGAGAACAUGGAGAGUACUUCCUGGGACCCUACAGAGAACAACAUUAGCCAGGAUAAUACUGGCGUGGCAGUAGUUAAUGAAACCUGCAGUACAGAUAGGGGAAGUGGCUUGGGUGGGACUUCUUCAAUCCCUGAACUCAAAUCUGCACGACGUCUGAAUCAGACAUCUGGAUCAAAAGAUGCAUCAUCGUCCAAGUCAUGUUGCCCUCCCACAAAGUAUCCUGGACUUUCUGAGGAUGAUCUCUACGAUGACUUCAACAUGGGCGAAGUUGAUCUGAAUCUUGAAAGGUAUGAAGAACUCUUUGGGAUGACUCUCAAUCAUUCGGAACAACUUCUCGAGAAUGGUGGAAUUGCUAGCUUAUUUGGGACAAAGGACAUGCCUGCUGCUGAUUCAAACUGUCAGGCGGCGGCGGCUGGUGCUAAGGGCUCAUCUGUUGGACUGGUCAGUGCUAUCCAGCCAGCAUGCAGCAACGCGGCGUCUGGUGAUUCCAUGAUGAGUAAUAAAACUGAUUCAAUUCUGUAUUUUACCGCAAGGCAUGCCCAUCCAACAUUUUCUGGCCAAACCGGAGAGAGCACUGCAGGAGAUUACCAAGAUUGUGGGGCUUCCACUAUGCUUCCCAUGGGAGAUCCUCCUUGGUGUCCUCCAUGUGCUGAGAGUUUCAACCCAUCAGCAACUAGAAGUGAUGCUGUCUUGCGUUACAAGGAAAAGAAAAAGACGCGAAUGUUUGUGAAGCGAGUGAGAUAUGAGUCUCGCAAAGCAAGGGCUGAUGUGAGAAAGCGUGUGAAGGGACGGUUUGUAAAAACUGGCGAUGCCUAUGAUUAUGAUCCAUUGAGCCCAACAAGAAGCUUUUGAGAGUACAAUCUUUUAACCAUGCUUACCC